AGCUGCAGUAACAGGGAGACAAAAGACGCAUUGACUUAUUAUACCCUGAAGAAUCUGAAAAUGCAACCACCUCCCAGAAAGGUGAAGGAGACACAGCAGGUGAAAGUGGCCUUUGGAGAGCAGAUAGGACGUCUGCAGAGUAAACAGCAGCAGGAACUAGAACUCCUAGAGGAUAUUAGGUCCUUCAGUAAACAGCGGGCUGCAAUAGAAAAAGAAUAUGGUCAGGCUCUUCAGAGGCUGGCAAUACAGUACCAGAAGAAAGACUGGCAAAGAGGCAAAGCGGACUCUAUGAACUCUGGAAGUGUGUUUGCUGUGUGGAGGUCUCUGAUUGAGGCCACAGCGCAGAGUGGAUCGUAUCGUCUCACAGCAGCAGAUGGAUAUCGCUCACUAACUGCCGAAGUGCUGAAGAGCCUGCGAGCAGCCAAAGAUCUGAGAGCUAAAAGAGGACUGGAACAGUUACAGAGGGUGCAGGCUGAAGUGGUGGAAGCUCUAAGGGAGCUCCACAAGGUCAAGAAAAGCUACUAUCAGCUGAGUCACAUCGCUAAUGCGGCUAGGGAGAAAGCUGCUGAUGCACAGGCAAAAUCCAAGAAGAGUGAUCAUGGAAUUUUCAAUUUUCGGUCAGGCUUGCAGAAGAUGAGCUCAAAGCUGAAUGCUAGGCUGAAGGAGUGUGACCAGAGACUUACAGAGGUGCGUAACGAGUACCUUCUGACACUGUCUGCCAUCAACUCUCAUCAUCGUUACUACUACACUGAAGAGCUGCCUGCCAUCAUGGUGAGCCUUGAUGGUGACUUGUAUGACCAAAUCAGGGAACACUUCACUCUCAUUUGCUGCACAGAGAUUGACACCUGCCAGUCUACACAUUCUGAUUUCAGCAAGAUCCGCGAGAACUCCACCAAGGUGACUAGAGAACAGAACAUCCAGAUCUUUCUCCAGGAGUCUCCGGUCUUCACAAGAACUGCUGAAUUUCACUUCCAGGUUGCUCCCAAUGAUAAGGUAUUCCUCCUGAAGAAGCAGAGCCUCAAUGAUGAAGGGGAGAGCUGUUUGGACAAGGAGGCGCGCAAGCUGUCCUCUAAGGCUGCCAAAGACUACAAGAUCAUCAUGCACGGGGAGAGGGCCCUGCAGAUGCUGGAGAGGCGUUUCAAACUGUUGUCAGAAGACACAGGAGUCAGUGUGGAGCAGAAGAUGAUGGAGGUGAAAGAGAGUGUGAGGAAAGCACAGGUAAGCCGGGUGAAAGCGGAGUCCAAGCUGGCGCUGCUGGCCUCGUCAGGGGUGGACGUGGAGCGCUGGGUAAGCAGUGCCAUGGCCCAGGCAGACGAGGAGCUGGAGACAGACCGGAGGCUGAGUGAAGCACGGAUCUCCAAUGGAGAAAUCUCUGAGGAAGAGUUUGAGUUCUCAGAUUUGGACAACUACGAUGAAGAUGGUGACACUUUCACUGAUUCGGCUUCAUGCUCGGUGCCUUCCUCAUACCCCCUGACCUGCAGGGUUCUCUACAGCUAUCAGGCCUGCCAAGGAGAUGAGCUGUCAAUCACAGAGGGAGAGGAGCUUGAGGUGAUUGAAGAUGGAGACAUGGAGGACUGGCUGAAGGCCUGUAAUACAGCAGGUCAGGUUGGAUAUGUCCCCGAGAGGUACGUGCAGUUCCUGUGGUCACCAGAAGAGGGCGCCUCCUCCUGCCUGGUGCUGGGCUUGCCUGCUCCCCAGCUGGACUGGUCCUUCAACAGCUCAGGCUCAUCAUCCGAACACACAAAGAGGGAGCAAGGACGCUCCCCUCACUCUGGGGGUCUGGCAAGGGCCCUUUAUGAUUACCAGGGCCAGAGUGCAGAGGAGCUGUCCUUCCCAGAAGGGGCUGUCAUCAGGUUGCUGCGGUGCCACCAGAAGGAGGUGGAUGACGGCUUCUGGGAGGGAGAGCUGGAUGGACGCGUGGGGGUCUUCCCUUCUCUGGUGGUAGAGUUGCUUGGAGACGGAGAGGAGGACGAGGAAGAAGAGGAGAGCCCUCCCACCCCUGCUCUUCCUUUGUUCUCUCCACCCAUCCCUAUCUCUGGAACACACUGUGGUCUCCUCUGCCCCUCACCUGGUCCCGGGGACCGGUCAGCACACAGUGCGCCCCCUAGGGAGCCGGAGGACAGGUUGCAGGCAGCUGUCCCACUGGAAAUACAGAGGUUGUCAGACAGCAGGGCAGAGAGUGGAGGCAGCACGCCCAGCUCACCUGACCUCUCGACUAGGAUCCCACGACCGACAAGGGCUCCUCCUCUUCCUCCAACUCAGAGACUCUCGCCCAUGCCCUGAGGGAGACAGGGGGCAUUACAGGCAUUUGCUGUGAAAGCGUGUGGGGGCGCCUUCUCAAGAGACAGAGAGAAUACCACAGGCUGUCACUGUGCCUUGAUUUAAAGGAUGACACUCUUCAUCACAGGCAGAACAAAUCUAGGGAGAUGUGUCUCUACUUGACUCCACAAUGUGUGUGAAAGUCAGUAUUUGUACAUUGUUUAUAUGAUAAUAUGUAUAAAAGCUUCAUAGACAUUAUUUCCAAGUUUUCAUCAGUAUUACUGUAUUUUUUCGGUACUUAAUGUACAGUAUUGUGGUAAAAAUGUUACCUUGCAUUAUAUGGACUAUAUUAAUUACACAGUAAACCACUAUCCUACAUUUCAUAUUAUAUUUCGAAAAGAAACAGAAUCCAACAUGGUCACCAUAGUGUGUUUAUGUGGGUUUGUUCUUCUCAGUAACGCUGUAUAUUAACUGUGAAAUACUGGAUAGAUGAUGUGUUUUCAGCAGAAUUACAAUCCAAAAUUCAACCGCAACAAUUAGUCAUACAGACACAUGGUCAAAUGCAUAGCUUUAAUAUAUACUUGGAUUCAUUAAGAACUGUUUGUUGCACAGCUGCAAUUUCUUAUUUGAUACUAUUCAAAUAGUCAGGGUUUUAAAUACUAGCAUGGAUAAUGUAUACGUGGGUUAUUUUAAGAUUCUGGGUAAUGAGGAUUCAUGCAAUAUAUGGUUCCAAGGCCACUACAAAUACAUUUAUCUAGUUUAUAGUGAGUGGGCAUGGAGGUUGGGAGUUACAUCAUUGCUGUGAUUUAGUAAUACAUACAACAGUAACAAACAGCAGAGAAGGACACAUCCAGGUAACAACAGACCAUGUACAACACUGAGUCGACAAAAACAGUGGUUGAAUUCCUGUGAGUUUGAUUUUAACAGCUUACUUACAAUGAAACCUUCACUAAAAAACAGUCAUUCUGUGCUUGGUGGAACUAUUGCCUUAUAUGUUUACUGCCAUUCACAUGAAUUGGCUGACAAAAGAUUUGUGACAUUGACAUACAGUAAGAUAUAUAGAAAGCUGCUUCAUCUCUUGACCAUCUUACAUCUCUGAUGUAUACUGAAAUAAACAAUAUGUCUAAUUCAU